AUGUUUAACCCACUCGUGUUAGAUUCUCCGGCCGUGAUUUUUGACAACGGGUCGGGCCUCUGCAAAGCAGGCCUGUCCGGGGAGAUCGGCCCUCGCCACGUCAUCAGCUCCGUGGUGGGGCACCCGAAACUCAAGGGGCCUUCGGCGGGGGCCAACCGGAAGUCGUACUACGUGGGGGAUGCCGCCCUGCACGAGUCCGAGGUCUUGCACCUGCAGAGCCCCAUCGAGCGGGGCCUGAUCGUCCGGUGGGACGACAUGGAGAAGCUCUGGAAGCACCUGUUCGAGUGGGAGCUGGGCGUGAAGGCCAGCGACCGGCCCGUGCUCAUGACCGAGCCCUCCCUGAACCCCAGGGAGGCCCGGGAGAAGAUGGCUGAGGUGAUGUUCGAGAGCUUCCACGUGCCCGCCUUCUACCUGUCGGACCAGGCCGUGCUGGCCCUCUACGCCUCGGCCUGCGUCACGGGCCUGGUGGUGGACAGCGGGGACGGGGUCACUUGCACCGUGCCCAUCUUCGAGGGGUACUCCCUGCCCCACGCGGUCACCAAGCUCUACGUGGCGGGGAGGGACAUCACGGAGCACCUCACGCGGCUGCUGCUGGCCGGUGGGCGGGCUUUCCCGUGCACGCCGGACAAGGCCCUGGUGGACGACAUCAAGGAGAAGCUGUGCUACGUGGCCGUGGAGCCGGAGAAGGAGCUUUCCCGGAGGCCGGAGCUGCUGCUCAGGGACUACAAGCUGCCGGACGGGACCGUGAUCCGCAUCGGCGACCAGCUGUUCCAGGCGCCCGAGGCCCUGUUCAGGCCCGAGCUGCUGGGCAUCCACAGCCCGGGCCUCUCCAAGACCGUCUCCUACAGCAUCACCAAGUGCGACGCCGACAUCCAGAACACGCUCUUCGGGGAGAUCGUGCUGUCUGGGGGCAGCUCCCUGUUCCAGGGCCUUGACGACCGGCUCCUGAGGGAGCUGGAGCAGCUGGCUUCCAAGGGGACCCCCAUCAAGAUCACGGCUCCCCCCGACCGCUGGUUCUCCACGUGGAUCGGUGCCUCCAUCGUCACCUCCUUGAGCAGCUUCAAGCAGAUGUGGGUCACCGCUGCAGAUUUCAAGGAGUUUGGGACGGCCGUGGUUCAGCGAAGAUGCUUCUGA